AUGUUACUCCACGGGACGGCCCUUGCGGUCUUGUUCCUGGCAUUGAUCCAGGUCGCUCUUUGCGCCGAAGACUAUUACAAAAUUCUUGGAGUCGAAAAGAAGGCCACCGACCGUCAAUUGAAGUCAGCUUACCGACUGCUAUCCAAGAAAUUCCACCCAGACAAGAACCCUGGCGACAACACAGCUCACGACAAGUUCGUGGAAGUUUCUGAGGCAUACGAAGUCCUGAGCGACAAGGAGAUGCGUGAGAUCUACGACCGCUACGGUCACGAUGGAGUACAGUCGCACCGCAAGGGCGGCGGCGGCCACCACGACCCCUUUGACCUCUUCAGCCGUUUCUUCGGCGGCGGAAGCAGAGGAUCCCGCGAGCCACACGGCCCCAACCAGGAGUUUAGGGUCGAGAUCAGCCUUCGGGACUUCUACAACGGUGCCAACACCCACUUUGAGUGGAACAAGCAACACAUCUGCGAGAAAUGCGACGGGUCAGGAAGCGCAGAUGGUGUUGUCGAGACCUGUAACACAUGCGGUGGAAGAGGCGUUCGAAUCAUCAAGCAGCAGUUGGCCCCCGGCAUGUUCCAGCAGAUGCAGCGACACUGCGACGCCUGCGGCGGCCGUGGCAAGACGAUCAAGCACAGAUGCCCCCACUGCCAGGGCCAGCGUGUGGAGAGGAAGCCGACAACCGUCGACCUCAAGGUUGAGCGCGGCGCCAAGAACGGCGCACGUGUCGUGUAUGAGAACGAGGCUGAUGAGAGCCCCGACUAUAUCACUGGAGAUCUGAUUGUCCACCUCAGCGAAAAGGACCCGGCCAACGACGAGAACCCCGAGCGAGUGGACGGUGUCUUCUUCCGCCGAAAGGGCGACCAUCUGUUCUGGACCGAGGUGUUGUCGCUGCGGGAGGCCUGGAUGGGUGACUGGACCCGUAACCUGACGCACUUGGACAACCACGUAGUUCGCCUCAGCCGCAAGCGUGGCCAGGUCGUCCAGCCUGGCCAUGUCGAGACGAUAGCUGGAGAGGGUAUGCCAAUCUGGCACGAGGAUGGUGAUAGCGUAUACCAUAAGCAUGACUUUGGCAAUCUCUAUGUCACAUACGAGGUGGUCCUGCCCGACCAGCUGGACAAGGGCAUCGAGUCGGAGUUCUGGGAUACAUGGGAGAAGUGGAGGGCAAAGAGUGCGGUGAACUUGCACGCAGACAGUGGGCGGCCGGAUAAGGAGCCUCCCGUGCGAGACGAAUUAUGA